AUGAAGCAAUUUCUUGUGAUUGUGGUGACGUCUGUCUUCAGUGGUGCUGCUUGGAAGAUUCACUCUUCCGAGCCCACCACAGGAGAAAGACUCCCACUUCUUGAAGCGAACAGCAGCGCCAGCCCGGGCACCACAGGAGAAAGCCUCGCACUCAUUGAGGUGAACAGCAGCGACAGCCCACGCCGCCCCCUGAAGCGUUCAUAUCGAAUUCCUGACGAAGAUUGGAAGGCAUACACCCUUGGGGACAAGAAGGCUGCUGAGGCAGCGGCGAAAAGAAUGCAGUACAAGGCCGCAGCCUCACAAGGACUCAUCAACAUUGCGGCCAUUGCUGGAACCUUGGCUGUUGACUGCCUCUCAGACUGGGACAAGGCGGAUGACUGUGACGUGGACGCAGCUGGAAGGGAGAUGACCGUCUCCGCGGUUGGCACAAUCACGGCGGCACUCACAAUUGCCGCGGGGCCUUAUGCUCCUGUUGUUGGGCCUCUGCUCUCAUUCGGAACCACGUUCAUCUUAGAUCGAUUUUGGCCUCCUGAGGAGAAGGUCGACCCCUUGCAGGAGUUGAAGGAGGAGCUGUUGGAGACCAUGGAUAUCAAAAUCGACGCCGCCUUGCUCCGACAGAGCUUCGCAGAGGUGGAAGUCGAGAUUGCACACUACGAACGUGAGCUGAGCUGGGCAGCGAAGAUGUUCCCGGCAAUGAAGCCAGAUGUACGGAUGCCCUACGGCCUAUCUCUGGAGAGCCAAUCUGCAAGGUUGAAGGACUUGCUGUUUAUGGAGUGCUUGACCCAGCAUUUCGGGACUGACAAGUGCAAGGAGCGCAUAGCUCACGGUGGGCUCGUCGUCCUCAUUCCGCUGAUGGAAGCACACAUUGCCUUACUUCAAGACCUGUCACACUUUGCAGCAACGAAUGAGCAAAGUCACAAAGAGCGGCUGCUGAAUGCUUUCAAUGCUGUUGGCUGUCCAAAUCGAAACGUCGAUCAAGUGAAAAUCGACGCAUGGAAACAAAUGGACGACGACAACUUGAAGGCCAACAUGCUCAGCAUCUGCCAAUCAAGUGGUCAGUCAAGUGGUCAGCGUGCACUUUGCUGUGGCGACGUUGAUGGCUGUCCGCGGAGCUGCAUGGAGUUGAGGCAUGCUCCCGCGACCAUGAAAGACAUUCUCAUGGACAAACAACGCCAGGCCCUUCUUACGUACACGGAGCUUUGGGAGAACGGCAAAGGAGUCUAUUUCGCGGAGCAGUUGGGAAAGAUCAAGUGCAACACCCGCAGACGCCGCCGCCGCCGGGAACCAGAGCACAGGCGGCGGGCAACUGAAUGCACAGAUGCAGGCGGCCAGCGAAUCAACUUUCAGAAGAACCUUAAUCGCCGCCGUCGGGAUGGUUCUUGGCAGGGCUGGCAUCCCUUAUACACAAAGCAAGCCGACGAGUAUGACGCCUUGCGACGGAACAUUGAGAGCGGCGAGAGCUUUUUGCGAGCCAGACAGCACAUCACGCCGGAUGUGACGAAGCUAGUCUUUGUGAAAUCUGUGGUCCAGCCGACCUCCACCAACGCAUACACAUACUUUCAGUUCGAAGGCGAUUUUGGGGGCACUCCGCUCAGUAGCAUCCCAGGUGGGGGUUUAGUCUUUCGCGUGACAGCGCUGGGGCGUCAGCACAAAGUGAAAGUAUGGCGGACUGCGAGAUGGUGCGGGGGUUCGCCUUGUGGACGCUGGGAGCCCUUGGAGACGACGCCGGAGUUCUUGUGGCGGGAGAAGGACUUCAUUGAGCUUCCCUUGUGGAAGUUUCCCUUCCAUGCUCACAUCCCGGGCAGCCUCAGGGUCUCCGCGCUCCUAAAGGCCGGCGCAACGGGGCCGGUGACUCACACCGCUACGUUGGAUGGUGCCGCUGGACAGGCGUCAACGGGGCAAAUCAGCGUGACGAAUGGCGACGAGUAUCCUUGGUCGUUCAUCCUGGAUAGAGUGAAGCGUGGCGACAACUCCGUCCAGGCUCCCGGGGCGACGGUUGUUGCGGUGGAAAUGGAGUUGGCCAGCAACUCAGAGCAUGAAAAUCUGAUUUACGAGACACUUCAAGCGAAAGGUGUGCAGCCGGAUGCGAAGUAUUCGUACACUCAAGGAAACGACUGCGGCAGCAAGGCCACUUACAUCCAUUGCGUGGGGAAGAACCCCGCCAACAUCCACGCCUCAGUGAAAAUCGACUACUUGCCUCCCAUGAGCUGGACGUUGCGUUUCAAGAUGCGGUUGCACAAGAAGGAAGCAACAGCUGCUGGGAUUAAUUUCGCGGGCGCCAACGGCGAAAGCAGCUGGAUUAUCCUUGAUGCAAAGCUCGACAAUGAACCCUGGAUGGUCACAGAAGGCUCAGGAGUUUUUGAGAGUGAUGGAGACAAGGUUGCCAUCGGUCGGCCGCCUUGGGGCAAAGGGAAGUGGCACGAUUACGAGAUCUCCAUGUGGCGUCAAAUGCUUGUGGUCAGCUGUGAUGGCAAGCUCUUCUACACUUACCCCGCUGAUCAUUAUUUCCCCGUCACGUCCGUGCUGCUGCGUGGUUGGAGAAACACGAUGGAUGUCUAUGGCCUGACGCUUGAAAGGCUGCCUACGUCCACAAAAGUUCUGCAUACUGACCACCAGGAGCCGAAGUUCAACGGUGUGUACUUCGCAUUCAACCGCGCCGACCUCAACUUGGAAGCCCUGACUGAUAAGGGCUACGUACUGAAUGUGGAGCAGUGCCGCAGCAAUGGGACGCCUGUGAGGAAGGGCAAAGUGAGAGUCUGGCUUGGGAGCAUACAUGCUGGCAAAGGCGGGGAUGCUUACGGCCGUGUGGAACCUCGAGACGACGACCUGAAGUUCGAGAAGAACGAUGAAAUCACCACGGGUUCCUGUCAGCAGUUAUAUGGCCACCAAGGACUACUUCGUUGA